UGCAGAUAAUUUAAUUUGCACAAUGUCUUUCUUUGAUUCUAUUUAUCAAGAAUUUAUAAAUUUAAUGGGCAGCUUUUUGCUGGCGGACGAUGAGAAGAGGGAGACAAUGAUCGUGUUCGUCUAUGACACCGAAUGUUUGAAAGAAGAAGCAGAUGAUCCUGUAAAAGCAGUAUUGUACUUUCAUCCCAGUUGGGUUUCCGACACCCAAAAGGUAGCUUUAUGUGGGCAGUUAAUGGGCUCAUCGUAUUUUCUAAAAGACUGCUUAUUCAAGCCGCGAAUAAUCGCCUUACAGAAUGGCAAGUUUGUUUUUAAGGAAUUUGGCCGCUUUAUCUUGGCCGUAGGUACGGAUCGCAACAUAUCCGAUUAUCUUUUACAACACCGGGCCGAUUUGCUGUCGGCAUUGGUUAAAUUUUAUCACCGUGGUUUGCAACUAAUUUACGACCAAUUUGCGCUUCAGUCCCAAUACAAGAACCUAUCCGAGAAAUUGUACCACAUAUUUGAAACAUAUCUUCCAAUCCUUCAAUACAAUGGAAACGUCUUCCAAAAUAUACCCAGGCUGCGUAUACCAAAGACAGCUAGUAAUAUAUUUCUGGAAGCGAUACAAACCCUGCAAUGUUGUCAGGAAACAAAAGGUGUCUUGGGUGGUGCAAUUCUCUAUCAUAAUAAGGUAGUGGCAUCGCAACUCAGUGAUUCGCUAACAAAAAAUAUAAUACUUACCGAUCCACUGCACAUUCGGACAACGGCGGAACAGUUGACCUCUACCGAGUUCCAUAUACCUAAUGGGGUAGUAAUGCUAGUAAUAUACAUAGAAUGUCAACAAUAUCGCAAAUUACAGGCAGAGGCGCAAAGAGCUCAAAAUCUGCAAACAACCCAACUGGGUCAUGGCGCUUUACCAUUUCAGUACAGCAAACGAAAAAUGAAACGCGACAAGUCCCUUAUAUUUACGCACAUACCGGAAGAAAAUACCACGCAAUCUAUAGCUGAAAAUGUCAACGAUGAAGUUGUAUGUCAACCAGCUCCGAGGGUAAAACCAAUUAUGAACCGGCCAACACAUCUGCCGCUGCGAAUGAAAAAUUAUAGCAACAAAGAAUUGCCCGAAUCGGGAAUAUCGUCGAUAAACUUUGAUGAAAAUGAUUCCUAUCCGGAAUAUAUUGGGCGGACAAGUGUGUGUUCCACUCCCAUGGCUGAGAACAAAAUAUUGGCUGUGGGUAAUAUAAUGUCAAUUGUUGCGAAUCCCGAUGAUGAGUGUAAUUCCAAUGGAAAAGUGGCAAAAACCAACAGCACCGUUCACCACAUCAAUCAAAGGAACUCGCUUCGGAAGGAUUUUGAAAAGUUUUUCCAUAACUUUAUUUCAAAUCCGAAUAAAAUAGAGAGACGCAGCUCUCUAACGGAUAUACACGAUUCGUUGAAAACCUUUUCCAAGAAGAUUUCCCUAAAACAAAUUUCACAAAGUUUUAAGACCGACGUCAAUCGCAACGGCGGAGACGCUUCUCCAGAUUUCAUAGAAAACGGCGACGAAGAAGAUGACGAUAGUUCCGAAAAUUCGGAUGAUAAUAAUAAGACAUCAAAAACGAUAACCGAUCCAACCAACCCGGUAUUCAAUGUCAAUGGUCAACCUAUUUCGCGAAGUUUGUUCCAGGAGUUUUUAGAGAAGUACUACAAAUUAUGGGGCGAGGCUAGCGAGGAUGCCAAACAAGAUGCAGAAAUCGCCCAAUUAAUAGAAGAGUUUAAGGAGUUCGACAAUGAAUUACAGAAAUUAGACGAAUCCCUAAAGAAACCGACACAAAAGAUAAUACCCGAUCGCAAUCUCAACUUAGAAUGCAAUCAGUCGGUGGAUAAAAGCGCUAAGACUCCACUUGAUAAAAAAGCUCUUAGCUUGCCACUGAAAUCGUUUUCGGAUAGCGCACCAACCGCCCCGUCUCGUCGGCAAUUGGGUGCUGUGCCAUUGACCCCACUCAUGGCCAAACUGUCUGUUUUAGCAUUGAACGAUGAACGUCCGACAUGGGAUGCUACACCGGGUGCUAACAUUGAAAUACAAACGCCUUUAAAUACAUCCAAAGGUAUUGGCCGGCGAAGUUCCUUGAGAUGCGAUGACGCUGUGGAUGCUUUAGAUUGUAUUUCAUCGGACGCCACUGCUCACGGCGAUGGUCUUCAAAAAGCCGAACUAUACAUAUGCGGUCAACAAAAUAUGACACUAAUACUGGUAAUGGAGGAAGGUUGUUCGCAACAAUCUAAGCUGGUGCACAAACUGUUCGACAUUUGUGUGGCCAAGUUCCCACACAUGGAGGCACAUCUCAGUCAGACGCUGAAUAUAAACGUUGAAUGUGAAAAACGCGAUGGUAGCUACAGUUUUAUGUGCCUAGAUUCCAAGUGGGAUGCACUCCAACGCAGCGGGCCAUGGACCCCAGUAGAAAUAAGCACUCUUGAAUCUUUGCACAGUGAUAUGAUAAAUCAUGAAGAAAUAACUGACCUUAUCCUGCGGUCGUACGACACAGUAUUCUAUGGUUACAAGUCAGGGCGAACGGAAAUGUUUUACAAGGAACCAGCUAGAGAAAUCAAUGGAAUUCCCCCACCAUCAGAUCCAAUGGGGAAUGUAGCAAUGAGAGCAAAAUUACGUCUGGAGCGGGAACAUUCGUAUAUACUAUUUUAGAUGCACUAA